UGAACUUUGGCACUGAAGUCUGGACUCCACCUGGAAUGUGGGCCAAACUCGGAACUCAAGGUGCAGUCAUAUGACUCCCAGAUGGCUGAAUGCGAGUCAACAAAGCUGGAGAUGGCUUUGUGAAGGCAACUCGACAAGGUUCAUGUUCUUGAGGGUUUCGACUGUGUUGGAAGAAAUCCGUCCUGGCUGAUUUCAGCCUGGAAGGCGCGCAGGAAGAUGGGCGUCGGGAAGUGGGGUGUUGUUCAGGCAUUAUAGGAGGAUGGUAGUUUCUCUGUGGGUGCGCUGCGUCAAGCAAACUUUUCUUCACCUGUGCACGGUGUGAUUGCGAAUCCCGCAGGUACUGAUGGAAUAUCUGACUAACGGAAAUCCACGGCAGACAGCAGGAGAGGAGGACGGCUCACCGAGUCUCCAGAGAAGAGUAGCAGCGGUCAGUUCUCCUGCUCUGUCCGCCGCACGUCUCACCUUACCCGGAGUCAUGGACGCUGAGGGGAGGGUGGACGAGUCAAGACUGAGGAUGCACAUUUUCAAAAACGGUGGUGUCUCUCCCUCUGAGCGUGGCCUGGCGUGGCGCUUCCUGUUUGGGAUGUACCCAUGCAGCUCGACAGCUUUAGAGCGUCCUCUGCUGCAGGAGCAGUUGGCCAUACGUUACCAGGUCAUGAAAAGAAAGUGGCAGCAGUUCCUUCCGUCAGCUGUGCGGAUGCACCUCAAUGGCACUGAUGCUGAGUUGGUGGCAGCAGUCAGGUACUUCGACCAGAGGCAAGCACAAGUCCAGCAACAGGCCCAAGACCAGAGUGAGGUCAGGGACAGGCUGACUUUCUUAGAGCUGCAGGCACAGAUAUUGUUUGAGCGGGACACAUUUGACCAGGAAGAGCUACGGGAAGCCAUACGAAUCAUUGACAAAGAUGUCCCAAGAACUAACAGAGACCUGAGCUAUUACCAGGGUGAAGGUUCAGGCAAUCUGUUGGUGUUGAGAGAUAUCCUCAUCACUUAUGCUGCUUUUCAUCCAGAGGUCAGUUAUGCCCAGGGAAUGAAUGACCUGUGCAGUCGGUUCCUUGAGGUCCUUGACUCUGAGGUCGACACUUUCUGGAGUUUCUCCUGCUACAUGGAGAAGUUCUCCAAGGACUUCAGGGCUGAUGGUCUGCACAGAAAAAUAGAGUUGGAGGCGGCCCUGUUGAAGGAACUUGACCCACAGCUCCACGCUCACUUAGUUACAGACAGCAUGGAGAGCUUCACCUUCUGCCACAGAUGGCUGCUGCUGGGUUUCCAGAGGGAAUUUGAACACAGUGACGCGCUACGUUUGUUCGAGAUCCUGAGUUGUGACCACCUGGAGCUCAUUUCCCAACAAGUAGACCGAGCCCGUUAUCAGGAAAGGUUGGCACGAAAAUACAGCUCAGAGGAUAAUUCACAGUCAGAACUGCAGGCCAUCAACACUGACUUCACCUUUGAGCUCUUCAUCUGUGCAGCCAUUCUGUUAGACAACAGAGAGUCUCUGAUGCGGUGCAGAGACGAUGUACAGCUUAUCCAUUUUACGAGCAGCCUUCAGGGAACACUGGACCUGAACAGCACACUGAAGAAGGCAGAGCACCACUUCUACAACUACUGCAAGCGCUGUGCUUGGGACUACAUGAAUGGGCACUGUAGAGCACACAAAAGCAAGGAGGAAGACUUUCUUUAUCAGCUUCGUAGUUUAUUUGUUUUAAAGUGAUAUUAACUAUUUAAAUAUCUCACACUUGAAACUGUAAUUUGGAACAAGGGACCGGUAAUCUCUAUUUGGAGUUUAGAUGGCACGCAUUCUUCAUACUCCUGAGGGAAACACACUGAAGUACUGAUGGCUGCUUACUUUUUCAUCAGUUAUUGUUAUUGUUAUUAAAUGUAUAUUUUUUGUAUGAAUGUAGACCGACACAUA